AUGUCGAAAUUUUACAUAUCAAAGUCCCACAAAGAUGAUUUCAGAGGUUACGUUAGGUCGAUAGCCCAACAGACCAGUGCACCAAGCAGAAGAAGAAGUGGAGGCUACUAUCAGCGUCAUUCAUUCACUGUACAUACUAGCUAUUGGGUCAUCAACUCUAAAGCAAAUGGUCUUCCUGCUUUGUUCAUCUCAUUUACAAGAUCGUCGCGCUGGGAUGUUGCAGAGUACGAGGAAGUCUACAUCUAUGAUGGCAACUCUUCUGUUCAUCUGUUGAUUGCUGAUGUCACUUUGACUCUAAUCAAUACGCCUCCUGAAGCUUGCCAAAAAGCUAUGGCUUAUGUCAGUACUUACAUGACAAGUGAAGGUAUUUGGGACGCAUCUAAUCUCACGGCAAGAUCUUUGGCAAAUCAAGUUGGUAUAUUGGAUGUCUUUGGAUUGACGGAGGGCCUUAUUAUGGCGUACAUCAUAGAUCUAGUUCAACCUGAGCUCUCUCAUAACGAUGAAACUCCCUUGGAGGAACAAGUUCGUAGUAAGAAGGCCAGAGGUAUCAUCCCCAUAUCCUUUCAGGACCGUCUUUGA